AUGUAAGUUAUGCUUAAUUUAAAUUUAAAUGAAGAUCAUUAAGUUAGCAUUGACAAUUUAUUAAUGUAAACUUUUUGUCGAUCAUAAAUUCAAUCUUAAAUCAGAAGCAGUUCUUUGACUACCCGAAGGUAAAAUUUUAAGUCGUUUUCCUUAUCACAAUAUACGAGUGAAGAUGAAAUCUCCAGAUAAAUUAGGUUUGAUCCAUUGAUUCAGCAAUUAGAUUUUAUGUUAAAAAAGAGAACCCCAAAAAAUAAAAAUAUUUAAACCUUGGAAUCCAAGUUUUAUAAUCCAUUUGAAUUUAAGAUUAAGAAUUACUAGAUGAUAAAUGUGAGAAUAAUUCCCAACAAUGAGAAAGGAAAGCGAAAGGCUGUAACAUCAUAUCGGAAGCAAUUGACCUCAUUCAAAGGAAGAGAAAAAAGCUAAUAAACGUAGUGGCAAAGGGUUUCUUAGGAAUUUAGUGAUACCUAUAUGUGA